AUGACUUUGGAGGCCAGGCCAGAGGGCUUCAGUGAGCCUGCUCCAUUGGACAAAACGGCUUGUGACCCCAAAGCCAGCUGCGUAGUCACGUGCUGUUCACCCAGUCUAAAGAUGUUCAUCGGUGUUCUUGCCUUCUCCUUUUUGUCGAAAUCCCUGAGUGGAAGUUACACCAAAAGCACCAUCACUCAGAUCGAGAGGCGGUUUGAGAUCUCUAGCUCUGUUGUCGGCACCAUCGAUGGCAGCUUUGAAAUGGGUAACCUGCUGGUGAUCACCUUCGUGAGCUACUUCGGCGCGAAGUUCCACCGGCCCAGGAUCAUCGGAGCGGGCCUGCUCCUGAUGGGCAUGGGUACUUUGCUCAUGGCUCUGCCUCACUUCCUCAUGGGCCGAUAUAACUAUGAGACAGUUGCCUCUUAUUCUAAAGAUGCUGACAAUUUCACAGUGACUUCCCCAUGCUCGUCUACCAGUCAAAAUGUUAUGCAACAGCAUCUUCCUGGGUGUCGGGAGGGUGAGGAAAACGGCUCUCCUACGUGGAUUCUUGUCAUGUUCGGCAACGUCAUCCGUGGGAUAGGAGAAGCCACAGUUGGCCCUCUCGGUGUGUCCUUCAUCGAUGACUUUGCCAGACCAGAGAACUCUGCUUUCUACAUUGGAUGCCUCCACACCAUUGCAGUGAUCGGGCCGCUGCUUGGCUACUCACUUGGCUCUAUUUGCGCAAAUAUCUAUGUGGACUUUGGUUUUGUGAACCUUGAUAAUGUGGCCAUCACUCCUCAGGACUCCCGCUGGGUAGGUGCCUGGUGGUUGGGCUUCAUAGUAGCUGGCAUUCUUUCGCUGCUCUCUGCAGUGCCUUUCUGGUUCCUGCCUAGAGCCUUACCUGAAGCUGGCCAGGCGGUGGGGCCAGGGGCCCACUCGCAGCAGCUGCAUCACUCCUGUACGGAGGAAGGCCCGGUCAGCUUUUCGGAGGUAGCAAAGGAUUUUGUGCCAUCACUGAAGCGGCUGCUGUCCAAUAGGAUCUACAUCCUCUAUUUGAUCUCCCAUGUUGCCAUAUUCAAUGCGUUUGUCAUUAUUGUCACGUAUACACCAAAGUACGUUGAACAGCACUUCGGACAAAGUGCAUCCAGGGCCAAUGUCCUUUUAGGGGUGACCACCAUUCCUGCCACAUGUGUGGGCAUCUUCCUGAGUGGCUUGAUCAUGAAGCGGUUCAAGCUGGGCAUGCUGGGUGCUGCCAGGCUGGGCUUGCUCACCUCUGUCGCUGGCUUUCUCUGCAGCAUGCCAUACUUCGCCCUCAGCUGCCCCAACACCGACAUGGCUGGCAUCACCGUGCCUUACCAAGGACCUGUGCACAUGAGGGAGGUGGAGGGUGGUGUGCUGUCCUCCUGCAAUACAGAGUGUGGCUGUCCCAUGAACCAAUGGGACCCCGUGUGUGGCCAGAAUGGGGUGUCCUAUGUUUCGGCCUGCUACGCUGGCUGCAAUUCCACCCAUGGGUUGGGCAGGAACAUGACCUUCCAUGGUUGCAGGUGUGUGCAGACCUGGGGAAUGAGUGAUGGCAACUCCUCGGCAGUGCUGGGCCAGUGCCCGCGACACAGCAGCUGCUCCAGAAUGUUUUACGUCUACCUGGUGCUGCAAGCGCUCAGCUUCUUCUUCUACUGCCUGGGCAGCGUGUGCACCUUCAUCAUUUGCCUGAGGAGUGUACAGCCAGAGCUGAAGUCCCUGUCCACAGGUGUAUUUAUGCUGGUACUCAGAGUCUUGGGAGGGAUUCCUGCCCCCAUCUAUUUCGGGGCUCUGAUCGAUUCCACCUGCCUUAAAUGGGGAACUCGGCGGUGCGGAGGAAGAGGGGCAUGUAGGAUGUACGACACGCAGACCUUCCGGUUCCUGUUCCUGGGUUUGAUCAGCUGCCUGCGGCUGUGUGGCUACGCCGUCUUCUGGCUGAUGGUUGUCAGCAUAAAGGCAAAGGUACAGCGAGAGCAGCGUGCCACCGCUGAGGUGGAACUUGAGAAGGGCGUGGGGGCCGCCGUGGAGGCUGGCGCCCUGCUCAAAGACAGCUUGGCCACGGAGAAAUGUGGCGCUCUGAAGCCGGUGACGGAGUCGGUGUGACAACGCAACUUUACGGUCACCGAGAUUUAAAAUAUGAGAGGAGUAAGGGUUGGCAUGGGUGUCGUCAUGGGUAAAAGCCAGCACUGAUGAUUUGACUAACUGUGCAAUACAGAGUUAUAAUUUAAAAUGCAAGGGUGGACAUUAUGUGCAACAUUAUUUUAUUACAUUGACUUUUAUUGUUUAGAAGGACAGUCCAGUUGUUUCAUUUUAUGUCUGUGCUGUAAAAUCCAUUUGUUUGGUAUAAUUCUCUUCUAUUUUAGGCCUUUCUUUUAGCUUCAUAUGUGAUAUUUUUACUGCUAACAAAGCUCUAAUCUCUAAUUUGUCAUGUGUAAUACUAUCACAGAUGCAUAUUCCCAUUGUAUGUAUGAUGUAAUCUACAUAUA